AUGGGACAAUCCAUUACCACCCCACUUAGCCUUACUUUACAGCAUUGGCGAGAUGUCCAGGACAUAGCUAACAAUCAGUCAGUAGAUGUCCGCAAGAAAAAAUGGAUUACCCUCUGCUCCUCAGAGUGGCCAACCUUCAACGUUGGCUGGCCAAGAGAUGGAACCUUUAAUCCUAAUAUUAUUUCACAGGUCAAACACAAAGUGAUGGAUCCUGGUCCUCAUGGUCAUCCAGACCAGGUGGCCUAUAUAAUUACCUGGGAGGCCCUCAUUCAUGCUCCACCUCUGUGGGUCAGGCCUUUUAUUACUCUUAAACCACCCUCUACCCCUAUCCCCUCUGCUCCUCCUCCCCUUCCAACCCCUGGGCGCCCCUCUCAGUCUUCACUCUACCCAACCCUUGUCAAACCCACACAGAUCCAAAAUGCAAAAAAGAAAUCACCCAAAGUUAAGGUCUUACCCCCAGGAGAAGAUCUUGUAAUGGACCUGCUGGCUGAGGAACCUCCACCAUAUCAAGAUCAACAAGCGGCAGAAGCUGAACCGGAAGAGACCCCAGCCGCCGAUCCUGCACCUUCCCCGAUGGCAGGGCGGCUACGAGGGCGUCGGGAACAACCUCCUGACUCCACUUCCCGUGCCCUCCCCCUGCGGGCCGGUCCCAAUGAUCGGCUCCAGUACUGGCCGUUUUCUGCCUCUGAUUUAUACAAUUGGAAACAUAACAAUCCCCCCUUUAGCAAGGACCCCUCUAUGCUAACCUCUUUGAUUGAGUCUAUUUUAGUGACACACCAGCCCACUUGGGAUGAUUGUCAACAGUUAUUACAGACAUUACUGACGACCGAGGAAAAACAACGGGUUUUCCUGGAGGCCAGGAAAAAUGUUCUAGGAGACAAUGGCCGCCCCACCCAACUACCCAAUGAGAUUGAUGCAGCCUUUCCCCUGGAGCGGCCCAAUUGGGAUUUCACUACGGAUGAUUGUAGGAACCACCUGCGUCUCUAUCGCCAGUUGCUCAUAGCGGGUCUCCAUGGGGCGGCACGGAGCCCCACCAAUUUGGCUCAGAUCAAGCAGGUAGUACAGGGGUCCGAGGAAACUCCCUCGGCAUUUCUUGAGCGGCUAAAAGAGGCCUACCGUAUAUACACCCCAUAUAACCCAGAAGAUCCCGGGCAAGCCACCAAUGUGGCCAUGUCCUUCAUCUGGCAAUCAGCUCCAGACAUUAGAAAGAAACUUGAGAGACUUGAUAAUCUCAGAGAAAGCUCUAUUCAGGAUUUACUUAAAGAGGCAGAACGUAUUUUUAAUAAGCGUGAAACUCAGGAAGAAAGAGAUGAGAGACUUAAAAAGGAAGCAGAAGAACGUGAUGAAAGGUUGAGACGUGAAGCCGAAGAGAGAGAGAAUGUCAGAGAUCGCAAAAGAAAUAAAGAAAUAAGUAGGCUAUUAGCCACCAUAGUGUCAGGACAAACUCAGGAGAGACGAGGAGGGGAUCGGAGGAGCCCCCAGGUAGAUAAAGAUCAAUGUGCCUAUUGCAAGGAAAGAGGACAUUGGGCCAGAGAUUGCCCUAAGAACCCAAAGAGACUUAAAAGACCAGGGCACCAGACUCCCAUAUUGACUCUAGAAGAUUAGAGAGGUCAGGGCCAGGAGCCCCCUGAGCCCAGGAUAACUCUUAAUGUUGGGGGGCAACCUGUCACCUUCCUGGUGGAUACCGGGGCACAGCACUCGGUGUUGACCCAUGCCCCGGGACCUUUGAGCGACAGAUCGGCUUGGGUCCAAGGAGCGACCGGAGGGAAAAGAUACCAUUGGACGACUGACCGAAGAGUGCAGCUGGCAACUGGUAAAGUGACUCAUUCUUUUCUACAUGUUCCUGAUUGCCCCUAUCCAUUAUUGGGACGGGAUUUGCUUACCAAACUAAGGGCGCAUAUACAUUUCGAGAGUAAUAGGAUUCGAAUAACUGAUCCAAAGGGAGCGCCUCUCCAGGUCCUCACCCUCCAAUUAGAAGACGAAUACAGGUUAUAUGAGAUUCUGGAGCCAAAUAAUACAGAGAUAAAAAAUUUAAACUUAGAUUCUUGGAUAAAGAGAUUUCCUAUGGUUUGGGCGGAAACCGGAGGGAUGGGCCUUGCACUCCGGCAGCCACCUCUGGUCAUUGAACUGAAAGCCACUGCGACUCCGGUCUCUAUAAAGCAGUACCCAAUGUCCCAAGAAGCUUAUCAGGGCAUCAGACCACAUAUCAAGAGACUUCUGGAUCAAGGCAUUUUAGUUCCUUGCCGAUCACCUUGGAAUACCCCGCUUCUUCCAGUAAAGAAGCCGGGAACAGAGGACUAUAGACCUGUACAAGAUUUAAGGGAAGUUAAUAAAAGAGUGGAAGAUAUUCAUCCCACUGUGCCUAACCCCUAUAACUUACUUAGCACACUUCCACCUACACAUAUUUGGUAUACAGUUUUAGAUUUGAAGGAUGCCUUCUUUUGUCUCAGGCUUAGUCCCCAAAGCCAAUCUUUGUUUGCUUUUGAAUGGAAGGACCCGGACUUGGGACUCUCAGGUCAACUGACCUGGACCAGGUUACCUCAAGGCUUCAAAAAUAGUCCCACAUUGUUUGAUGAGGCUCUCCAUCGGGACCUCGCAGAUUUCAGAGUCCAGAAUCCGACUCUAAUACUUCUACAGUAUGUGGAUGACCUCCUAUUGGCAGCAACCACCGAAACAGAUUGUCGACAGGGCACUGAGUCCCUGUUACAAACUUUGGGACAAUUAGGCUACAGAGCCUCCGCAAAGAAAGCACAGCUCUGCCAAACCCAGGUCACAUAUCUAGGAUAUCAGUUAAAAGAUGGACGGAGGUGGCUGACUACCGCCCGCAAGCAGGCGGUGACCAACAUUCCCGCCCCAAGGAAUUCUCGUCAACUACGAGAAUUCCUGGGGACCGCGGGUUUCUGCCGCCUAUGGAUUCCUGGGUUUGCUGAAAUGGCAGCCCCCCUUUACCCCCUUACAAAGCAGGGAGCAACGUUUAAUUGGGGGUCUGAGCAGCAACAGGCCUUUGACGAUAUCAAGCAGGCUCUUCUGACUUCUCCCGCUUUGGGCCUUCCCGAUGUCACGAAGCCCUUUGAAUUGUUUGUGGAUGAAAAGCAGGGCUACGCAAAGGGAGUCCUGACCCAAAGAUUGGGGCCCUGGAGGCGACCUGUAGCCUACCUCUCUAAGAAACUGGAUACUGUUGCCUCUGGCUGGCCACCUUGUUUGCGGAUGGUGGCAGCUAUAGCCGUUUUAACUAAGGAUGCUGGCAAAUUGACUUUGGGACAAUCAUUGACUAUCUUGGCGCCUCAUGCAGUUGAGGCCCUAAUCAAACAACCGCCAGACCGUUGGCUCUCCAAUGCCCGUAUGACCCAUUAUCAAGCUAUGCUCCUAGACACGGACCGGAUACACUUUGGACCGGUUGUUGCCUUAAACCCAGCAACUCUGCUUCCCCAACCGGAGGAUAUAGAGCAGCAUGACUGCCUACAGAUCCUCGCAGAAGUACACGGGACACGACCAGACCUAACGGAUCAGCCCCUCAAGGACGCGGACUUCACCUGGUAUACGGACGGGAGCAGCUUCAUAGAUAAUGGAGAACAGAAAGCCGGAGCAGCAGUAACCACAGAGACUGAGGUAAUCUGGGCUAAGGCCCUUCCAUCCGGGACUUCAGCCCAGAAGGCUGAACUCAUCGCCUUGACCCAGGCGCUCCAAAUGGCAAAAGGUAAGAGGCUUAACGUUUAUACUGAUAGCCGUUAUGCUUUCGCCACGGCACAUAUUCAUGGAGAAAUAUACCGAAGGCGAGGGUUACUGACUUCAGAGGGCAAAGACAUUAAAAAUAAGUCUGAAAUCUUGGCUUUACUUAAGGCCCUGUUUUUGCCUCGAAAAUUGAGUAUCAUCCAUUGCUUAGGACACCAAAAAGGACAGAGCCCAGAAGCUCGGGGCAAUCGACUGGCAGACACUGCUGCCCGGGAAGUGGCUCUGGAGAACAAAACUCCGCCCCGAGCUCUUUCUCUAACUACCCAGGAAAUGCGGUCCAACCUGGAUACCUCUUUUGAGUAUGGCCUUGGAGAUAUAAGAAUUUUACAAGAAUUAGGGGCACAAUAUGAUGCUGAAAAAGGAUAUUGGAUAUUUCAUGGUAAACCUGUAAUGCCCCAAAAGCAAACUCGUGAAUUAAUUACCUGCUUACAUAAAUUAACCCAUCUCAGCAGCAGAAAAAUGAAAAUCCUUCUGGAUAAAGAAGAGAGUCCUUAUUUCCUACUAGGGAAAAAUAAAAUCUUACAAACUGUAGUGGAUGAAUGUACGGCGUGUGCGCAAGUUAAUGCGGGAAAAACCAAAGUAGGACAAGGAACUCGAGUGCGAGGACACCGCCCUGGGACUCACUGGGAAAUUGAUUUCACCGAGGUAAAGCCUGGACAAUAUGGUUAUAAAUAUCUUCUAGUAUUUGUGGAUAACUUCUCAGGAUGGGUAGAGGCUUUCCCCACUAAGCACGAGACUGCAAACGUUGUGACCAAGAAACUGUUAGAAGAAAUCUUCCCAAGGUAUGGUAUGCCUCAGGUAUUAGGAACAGAUAAUGGGCCUGCUUUUGUUUCUCAGAUAAGUCAAUCAGUGUCUAAGUUACUGGGGAUCGAUUGGAAAUUACAUUGUGCUUACCGACCCCAGAGUUCAGGACAGGUAGAACGAAUGAAUAGAACCAUUAAGGAGACUUUAACCAAAUUUACCCCUGCAACUGGCUCUAGAGACUGGGUGCUCCUCCUUCCAGUAGCCCUUUACCGAAUUAGAAAUACUCCAGGACCACAUGGUCUCACUCCUUUUGAAAUCUUGUACGGUGCACCUCCGUCCCCCGUUAGUCUUUCUAGCUCAAAUUUAAUUCCUUAUUUUGCCAAUAAUCCUUCUUUAAAAGCUCAUUUGCAGGCCUUACAACUUGUACAGCGAGAAAUCUGGAAACCACUUGCAGCUGCCUACAAGGACCAGACGGAUCAACCAGUGGUACCCCACCCUUUCCAGAUAGGAGACUCUGUGUGGGUCCGCAGACACCAGACUAAGAACCUGGAACCUCGGUGGAAGGGUCCUUACACCGUCCUUUUGACCACACCAACAGCACUCAAAGUAGACGGCAUCUCAUCUUGGAUCCACGCCUCCCACGUCAAGGCUGCCCACUCUUCAGAGGAAGAAAGCAACGCCACGACAACAUGGAAAGUCCAACGCACUCAAAAUCCUCUAAAGAUAAGACUUACCCGUGGGGCUCCCUGA